GCUCGUCCUGCUCCUUCUCCCCGCCGUUAGCGCUCCUUCCCCCGGCCACUCUCGCUCCGUCCCCCCGCUGAACCCCCCGGUCCUCCGGCCCUUCUCUCCCCGGUUCUCCGGCCCCCAGGCCGGGAUGUCACGGCCGCGGCUGCCGCUCUUCUGGACGGAUUUUUGGACGGAUUUGUGAGAUUUUUGUGGACGGAUUUGUGAGAUUUGUGAGCAGCAGCAUCUUUAAUUUGUGGAGGUUUUUCUGCUUCAUUAAGGAGGAGAGAAACAUCAUGACUGGAGCCGAGAACGACGAUGACGUCCCGUUGGGAGAAAGAAAAACCGUUACCGACUUCUGCUAUUUACUGGAUAAAAGCAAGCAGCUGUUCAACGGGCUCAGAGAUCUUCCUCAGUACGGACACAAACAGUGGCAGUCGUACUUCGGGAGGACGUUUGACGUUUACACCAAACUGUGGAAGUUCCAGCAGCAACACAGGCAAGUUCUGGAUUCUCGGUACGGAUUGAAGAGGUGGCAGAUCGGAGAAGUCGCUUCCAAGAUCGGACAGCUUUACUACCACUAUUACCUCCGAACGUCAGAAACCAGUUACCUGAACGAGGCGUUUUCCUUUUACUCGGCCAUUCGUCAGCGUUCCUACUAUUUCCAGGUGAACAAGGAGGACAGGCCUGAAUUGGUGGUAAAGAAGCUCCGAUAUUACGCUCGCUACAUCGUGGUGUGUUUACUGCUCAACAAGAUGGAGCUGGUCAAAGUGUUGGUGAAGGAAUUGUCUGAAGAGAUUGAAGAUUACACGCAGAGAUUCAACACCGAGGAUCAGCUGGAAUGGAACCUGGUUUUACAGGAAGUGGCAGCUUUUGUGGAGGCGGACCCGGUGGUUGUCCUGAACGACAACAACGCCCCCGUCGUCGUUAGCAACCGUCUCCAGGAAGGAAACGUUCCUCCACUGGAACAAGGAAUGGUGGUCGGGCAGCUAGCGCUCGCGGACGCGCUAAUCAUCGGGAACUGUUCCAACCAGGUGAAGUUUAGUGAAUUAACCAUCGACAUGUUCCGGGUUCUACAAGCGUUGGAGAGAGAACCGGUGAAUCUGGCGACUCAACCGUCCAAGCAGGGAAACCUGGAACCAAACGAGAAACCUCCGAAGAGAGAAAACCCUCACAAAUAUCUGCUGUACAAACCAACGUUCAGCCAGCUCUUCUCUUUCCUAUCCGCCUCUUUCAAGGAACUUCCUGCCAACAGCGUUUUACUCGUUUAUUUAUCAGCGACUGGAGUUUUUCCUUCCGGACAUCCGGAAUACGAAGCCGGCCCGUAUGACUUCGGGGGAGUUCUAACCAACACCAACCGGGACGUGGUGAACGGAGAAACGCUGACCAAGAGAAACCAGGCCCAGAAGGAAAUGCACUGUCUUCAUCCCGGGGACUUGUUUCCUUUCACCCGGAAACCUCUGUUUGUCAUCGUGGAUUCUUCCAACAGUUCAGCGUACAAGAAUUUCACCAACCUGUUCGGUCAGCCGCUCGUCUGCCUGAUGUCGCCCACGGUUUAUCCUAAGAGUGUCCAAGAUCCGUGCCAGCGCGGUAGCCUCUUCACGCUCUUCCUCUACUCUCCUCUGCUCGCCUUCCUGUCCGUCUGCGGCCUCGCCAGCGUCCGCCGAGGAUUGUGGGAAAAAGCUCAAGAAUUUCUCAACGACAAAAUCCUCCGCGACAUCGGGCUAAUGCUAACACGCUCGCGCAACAUCGAUCAAGCCUUUUUGCAGUUUUUCGGGGACGAGUUUCUCCGGCUGAUUCUGAUCCGGUUCGUUUUCUGCUCGGCUUCGCUGAGACUUCACAAGCUUUUCAGAGAAUCCCGGAGUUUUCCCGAGUCGUUCCCGGAUCUUCCCAAACCCGACACGGUGGAAAACAACGUUCUGCAGAAACUGGUGCUGGAACUCGCCGUCAUGUUGGACGUGCAGAGUUUGUUUCUGGACCAAUCGCUGGAGCCGUUUUGAAAAACUCUAAUAUAUAAAUAUUAAAGUUCUGCAAAAACUCAACAUCUUAAUAUUAAAGUUCUGCAAAAACUCAACAUCUUAAUAUUAAAGUUCUGCAAAAACUCAACAUUUUAAUAUUAAAGUUCUGCAGAAAAUCAUCAUCCUAACAGGAAUAUUUGUCUUAUUUCUAGUUAAAAUGUCUCAUUUUUAGUCAAGAAAAAUCUCAUUACACUUAAAACAAGACUCAUUACCAGAAAAAUAACUUGUUAUUUGACAAUUUUCAACUGUUUCAAGUAGAUUUUAACUUGAAAUCAGUAGAAAAAUCUGCCAGCGGAACAAUAUUUUUUUCUCAAAAUUUCAACUUUUUUCUUGAAAUUUCAACUUUUUUC